GUCCCAAUGAUUUUUUGCACCGACGUUCAAAUCCAUUGGAGGUAUCCAGCGUUCUAAUGGAAACUUCACACGAAUAUGAGGGGGACGACGAUAAGGAUAAUCAACAAGCUGUACAGAUUCCCGAGGUGUGGAGGAAUCCUACAAGUAAUAACUACUACAAGUGUGUAGAUCGACAAAGUAACAAGACAAGAAGCAAACCUGCCCCAAAUGGUUAUAUUCUAGUUCGUGCUAAUGGUGGACUAAAUCAAAUGAAAACUGGGAUAAGUGAUAUGGUGGCCAUUGCACAGUUGAUGAAUGCUGCUUUGGUUCUACCUUCGUUAGAUCACAAGUCAUUCUGGACAGAUCCCAGUGAUUUUAAAGAUAUUUUUAACUGGAAGCACUUCAUGAAUGCUAUGGAGGAUGAUAUACAAGUAGUGGAGUCUCUUCCACCAAAUGUGGCACAUGUCAAACCCCUCGUCAAGGCUCCAGUUUCUUGGUCCAAGCCCAGUUAUUAUAAAGGAGAGAUGUUGAAGAUGUUAAAGCUGCAUAAAGUGAUACAAUUUACGCACACUGAUUCACGCCUCGCUAACAAUGGCAUUCCAGAUGCAAUUCAGAAACUUCGAUGUCAUGCAAUGUAUGAAGCACUUCAAUUCUCGGAAGAUAUUGAACUACUUGGAAACAAGUUCGUUUCCAGGCUAAAGGAGAAUGGUGGUCGAUAUAUAGCUCUCCAUUUGAGGUAUGAGAAGGACAUGCUAGCUUUCACCGGUUGCAAUCAUAACCUUACUAGGAAGGAGGCUGAGGAGCUCAGAAAAUUGAGGCGCAAAGUUAGGCAUUGGAAAGAGAAGCGCAUAAAUGGCACAGAGCGAAGGCUCCAAGGAAGGUGUCCAAUGACUCCUCGGGAGGCAGCGGUAUUACUGGAAGCACUGGGAUACCCAUCUACCACUAAAAUCUACAUAGUUGCAGGGGAAAUUUAUGGCCAAUAUGGCCUAAAUGCACUUCGUGAAAAGUAUCCUAACGUGUAUUAUCAUUCUAAUCUAGCAUUGGAGGAAGAAAUACAACCAUUCAGCCAACUGCAAAAUCAGCUUGCCGCCUUGGAUUAUAUUGUAGCCCUGAAAAGUGAUGUUUUUGUUUAUACCUAUGAUGGAAACAUGGCUAAGGCAGUGAGGGGUCAUCGAAUUUUUGAAGGCUACCGGAAAACCAUCGAUCCUGACAAGUAAGUUAUUCAUUGGAUUAAAGGUUCUAGUUUAACUUCCAUUCUCUCUCGAUAUUGGAAUAAAUCUGAAAAUUGUCAAUAUAAGUAAUGUUAUUGUGAUUACAAGUAAGAAUAAUUAUGAGUUAAAUAAAAAUGUUGAAAAAAAAGAAAGAAA